AUCCUGGUAGCGCCAUUUUCGGCGUUGUCACAAGCAGCAUGUCGCUAUUCUUCACCAGAUAAUACGAUAGGAUUUUAGUGUUUAUUUGUUCGACAACUACUUGAAUACUCUCCAAAAUGGGACGGAAGAAGAAGAAGCAGAUGAAGCCAUGGUGCUGGUAUUGUAACCGAGAUUUUGACGAUGAGAAGAUUCUCAUUCAACACCAAAAGGCUAAACAUUUCAAGUGCCACAUAUGUCACAAGAAAUUGUACACGGGUCCAGGUCUGGCUAUUCACUGCAUGCAGGUUCAUAAAGAAACUAUCGACGGGGUUCCAAAUGCCAUCCCUGGAAGGAUAGACAUAGAGCUGGAGAUUUACGGCAUGGAGGGAAUUCCAGAAAAAGACAUGCAGGAAAGACGACGGACAUUGGAACAGAAAUCGCAAGAGAGCCAGAAGAAGAAACAGAACAACCCGGACGACUCGGACGAGUUUGACGACGACGAUGAACCGGGGCCCUCGUUCCAGCAGCCCGCCGCCGCUCAGCCCCAGCCGGGCUACGCUCCGGCCAUGGGCCAGCCCGGCAUGCCCCCCGGGUCUGGGGGUCCGGGCAUGCCGCCAGGGAACUACUCAGGUAUGCCACCCAUGAUGCCAGGCAUGCCCCCGAUGAUGCACGGGAUGCCCCCUGGGAUGCACGGCAUGCCUCACGGGAUGAUGUCAAUGGGAGGGAUGAUGCCCCCGAUGAUGUCAGGGAUGCCCGGCAUGCCUCCAGGAAUGCCGCCCCACAUGGCCCACAGGCCUGGGAUGCCCCACAUGGCCCAGCCGCCCACGGUAGCAGGGAUGCCGGCCCGGCCGGCCGUUGCCGUCGCCCAGCCCGCCGUCACCAAACCCUUGUUCCCCAGCGCCGUACAGGCCCAGCAGACUGCCCCAGGAGCGGCGGGCACCAACCCCCACAGCGCGGCAGCCUCCGACCCUCCCAAAGCCACCUUCCCUGCCUAUACCCAGCCCUCUGCCUCUUCCUCCUCUACCUCUUCCUCCUCCAACCCCUCUAGCAGCACUGUGGCCAAGCCCCCGGCCACAGUGUCCAGUAAGCCUGCCACCCUCACCACCACGAGUGCAACCAGUAAGUUGAUCCACCCUGAUGAGGAUAUCUCGCUGGAAGAGAGACGGGCACAGUUGCCCCGGUACCAGCGUAACCUCCCCCGGGCCGGGCAGGUGCACCUGUCGGCGCCGCCCGUGGCGGCCGUGGGCGGCAUGAUGCCCCCUCAGCAGGGCAUCCCCCCACAGCAGCCGGGCAUGAGGCACCCCAUGCAUGGUCAGUAUGGGGCUCCCCCCCAGGCCAUGCAGGGCUACAUGCCCGGAGGCAUGCCCCCGUAUGGGCAGGGCCCUCCCAUGGUGCCCCCCUACCAGGGAGGCCCUCCCAUGGGCAUGAGGCCCCCCGUCAUGUCUCCAGCUGGGCGCUACUGAAACUCCAGCAACACCACCAUCGCCCCAACCCCCCCCCUUCACUAGGUUUGGAGGUUAAACCUUUUCUCAACUUGUUGCUUUUAAAAACAAACAAACCUAGCCCAAGCCAAUGAGCUUUAAAGACCAGUGACGGUGAAGAAAAACAAUUAAAAAAAAAAAAAAAGCUACAAAAUACAUGUUUGCAACACACGGACAUUAACAUUGACAUCUUCUAUUGGGGGUUAGGGAAGUAACUCAAACACCACACAACUUUGACGCCAACCUAAGUAAUCUGACGCAUGUACAUGAUUCUUUCAUGUUUCACUCAGGUUUGUAGAUGUGUGUUUAAAAUAUGGUUCAUAUUGUUUUGAAGCUGCUGGAGUAACAUGAGCGUACCAACCCCUUACGAAAGGCAAGUUCCUGUAAAUAUAUGAUUAUUUCUUUUUCUUUUUUUUUGUGUUUUUUUUUGUUAAUUGGCUGAGGCCCUCACAGCAUGUUUAGGUGCUGUUGGACUCCAAGUCCCCAACUAUGGUUGGUGAGGGUCUCUGAUGACUGUGAUGAUUCCAACUGUUUAGGUAGUCAUGUCCCUGUUCCAGCCUCUAGCUUGAUUCCUUUUUCAGGUUUAUUAUUCCAUGAUCAAAAAAGGGUAAAAGAAAACUGUGUGCUAUCUUCUGUAUUGUUUUAAAACUCUUCUGUUGUAAUAAAACCCACUUAAAAUCCAA